AUGUGCUGUUGUCUCUUUUGCUGUCCUCUUCACUUCAUCCGCCCGCGGACGAUAUGCUCUUUUCCCUCUCUCUUUUGUUUUUCUUCUCCACCGAGCCGUUGCCACUAUUCUAAUCCUAACAUUUCCUUCAAAUCUCAGCGACUGUCGAAGUCGUCGUGUGAUCAGUUCCAGCCUAAAGUACCGAUUUUGGUUUCUCUCUCUCUCUCUCUCUCUCUCUCUCUCUCUCUCUCUCUCUGUGGAAGUACCAAUUGGGUGUCAUCUUGCCUUGGGAUUCUAGGCUUGGAAGAUUCAGCUAUGGGUUUACCCAAACCCAAUGAGGCCUCUACUUCAAAGGAGACUAUGGACGCUACCUCAAGUGGGGUAAAGAGGAAACGUGGGAUAACGAGUAUGCAUCGCAUAGUGAAGAAUAAAAAUACUGGUAAGAAAUUAGUAGUGGAGUAUACCCCAAAGGGCAAACCAUAUGGGAAGGUAGCAUCAGAACUGGCUUCUUACAUUGGGGUGCUGGCACGUACCACAGUCCCCAUCAGUGUUGAAAGCUGGCCUAAGGUGGAAAAGGAUUUGAAAAAUAAAAUUUGGGAAUCCGUAGAGGCGGCAUUUGUCUUAGCCCCUAAAAGCAGAAAAAUGGUGUUGACCUCUGCAUCCAAUAGAUGGAGGCAAUUCAAGAGUGACCUAACAAGAAAAUAUAUUAUGCCAUUUAAAGAUGAGGCUGAAGCCUUGAAAAACCCACCAGAAGACUAUGGUUUCAUUAAGCAACAACAUUGGCAGCAAUUUGUAAAUGGCCGUUUAACCAAAGAAUUUCAGAAACUCCAUAAUGAACAGAAAGAGAGAAGGGCAAAGUUUCAGCAACCUCAUAGAAUGUCACGAAAAGGAUAUGUGGGUUUGGAGGCAGAAUCAAGGAAAACUAUGCCUGAGGAUGAACUUGAUGGGUCUCUACUUCGCAAGAAAGCACGUAAGGAUAGAAAAGGGCAGGCUGCAAAAAUUGACCUUUUGAUGAAAGAACAUUCUGAACAUUCUGACCAUUCUGAACAUGCAGAGUAUGCUGAACAUGGAGAACAUUCUGAGCACACAGAACAGUCUGAACAUACAGAACAGUCUGAACAUGCAGAACCUUCUGAACAUGCAGAACAUUCCGAGCAUUCAGAACAUCCAGAACAUUCUGAGCAUCCAGAUCAUUCUGAACAUUUUGAUGUCAGUCUCUCCUCUAAAAAUAAUGAUGUCCUGACAAUGGUGUUGGGAGCUCCUGAAGAUUCUGGUAGGGUUAGAGGUGUGGGAGGCUUUUUCAAGCCAAAUGUUCCACAGGCUCAGUUUGAUAGGGAAGAUAUUCUGGAUGAGGUCAGGAAGAUGAUUGAGCAGCAGCGGGCCUGGUAUGAAGCAAAGAUUGCUGAGUUAGAGGCAAAGAUCAAUGGUAAUAUCCGGACCACACCUAUCUCACUUUCAACUCCAGUUCCCAACCGUUCCGAGAAGGCAAGCUGUUCUGGGAAGAAAAAAAAUGUCUUGGAGGAUAAUGCAAUUAAUUUUGAGGAAUUGACAUUUAUGGGUAAAAGAGACACCAUCAAGAAACGUGGAAAGACUGCUGCCAAACCUCAAGAUUUACCAAAACAAGACAUGAACCUGCCCAAGUCCCUCAAGCUCCUAUAUCGUUAUGCAGAGCGUGCCAUGCUGGAUGGCGAAACUAUCAGUAUUGAUAUGGAGGAAGCAGUAUUUGGUGUUGCCAAGACUGUAUACAUUUCCCAAGAAGAUGUAAUGCAGUUUAUGGAAAUGAAGGAAAUCUCAGCCACAUGCAUAAUUGUUUACAUGAGGCACCUCUAUGAUAAGCUAAACCAAUCAAACAUGGUUGAUAUGGUUGGUUUGACUGACCCUUCAAGCAUCUCAGUUGGGGCAGGCGAUUCUGACCAAAAAUCACGAGUGAUAGCAGGCCGGUUACAGAAAGGGUCUGCUGACCAAAUACUUUUGGUUCCUUACAAUUCUGGUUAUCAUUGGAUGUUGACCAUUAUCAGUGAAGACAAAGAUGUGUGCUACUUCAUGGACCCUCUUCAGCGAUAUUUCAUGGACUCUCUUCGGCGGAGCAUGCGUGAGGAAGAAUGGAAAUAUAUUGUAAACAAUGGGAUUAGACAGUUCAACAUCCAAACAGGCAGGGGAGUCCGAAAGCCACCCGUAUGGAAAGUACUAACGGGUCCUAAACAACCAUCGAAUAUGGAGUGUGGGUAUUAUGUGAUGAGAUACAUGAAAGAAAUUGUAGAAGAUGAAAACCUUUCCUUUGCAGUAAAGUGGAAUGGGAAGACGUUAAAUGCCUACACACAGACCGAACUUGAUGAGGUACGGUGCGAGUGGACAGAUAUCAUCAGUGACCAUAUGUAG